AUGGCGCCUACUAAACUCAUCAACUUGAUACCGGAAAGAUCGGCCGAGGAUAUAGCCAAACUAUCCAAUGAUGCGAGUAUAUUGAAGCAAUUGAUGGGAGAGCACAACCGGCGCAUCCAAUCGUUACGAGAACCAUCACCGCCUCGAGUGGAAUACUACCCUCGACAAAGAAAAGAGUUUCACGAGUCAACUGUCUCUCUGGAAUGCGACAGUCACACCGGAUGUCAUGCGCGAACAGGCAGUGCACAAGAUGAUGGACAAGCCAGUAUAACUACGACUUUCAACGGACAACAAGUCUCUUUCGCAGAAGACGAUGACGACGAAGCAGACAGCUACGACGGCGACGGCGACGGCGACGGCAACGACGACGACGAUGAUGAUGUAGAAGACGACCUCUCCCUCAGCUACGAACAACUCAAGGAACUUUAUAGGAAUUGUCAUUCCAGUCCCGAAAAUCGAUAUAGUUAUCUCCUCAAUUGCUCGCCAUAUAAUCAUCCUCAAGAAAAAGAACAACAUGCUACCAUAGGACGUAUAACUCCUGCUACUACAAACUCGCACUCGAUAUAUUUCAACUCCUUACAAACACUACCGACACGCACAGACGGACUUGUAAAUAUGUUUCUACGCGCUCCGGGAACGUUUACAUUCAUUCUAGUUUCGUUAUUGGUUAUUGCCAUUGUCCUGGUCGAAAUGCUGGAUAUAUUCUGCUAUAGAAGACGACGAAGAGCGCGUGACGAGGAGCAGAAUUUCAAAAUGAGAAGGCGACGACUACGAACGAGGGGGAUUCGUAUCCCUACGGUUACGGUAUAUGACUCCCCUGCUGUGUAUGGCGGAGAAAAAACGUCGUGA